AUGGCACCAGAUCAGAGUGAUACACCAGAGGUCCACCUGGGUAUCGUAUCAGAUCAGAGUGAUACACCAGAGGUCCACCUGGGCAUCGUAUCAGAUCAGAGUAAAACACCAGAGGCCCACCUGGGCAUCGUAUCAGAUCAGAGUGAUACACCAGAGGUCCACCUGGGCAUGGCACCAGAUCAGAGUGAUACACCAGAGGUCCACCUGGGCAUCGUAUCAGAUCAGAGUGAUACACCAGAGGUCCACCUGGGCAUCGUAUCAGAUCAGAGUAAUACACAAGAGGUCCACCUGGCCAUCGUAUCAGAUCAGAGUGAUACACCAGAGGUCCACCUGGGCAUCACACCAGAUCAGAGUGAUACACCAGAGGUCCAUCUGGGCACCGCACCAGAUGAGAGUGAUACACCAGAGGUCCAUCUGGGCAUCGCACCAGAUCAGAGUAAUACGCCAGAGGUCCACCUGGGCAUCGUAUCAGAUCAGAGUAAUACACCAGAGAUCCACCUGGGCAUCGUAUCAGAUCAGAGUUUAACACCAGAGGUCCACCUGGGCAUCGCACCAGAUCAGAGUGAAAUACAUGAAGAAGAAGACUAUGCAUUCAAUAUUCCAUUGGAUCAAGAGAUGUGUUUAGCCUUGUAA